AUGGCCAGAUACUCUCGCUCAAUCGAGCUUAGAGCCACGCCUGUAGGCUUGCAAGUGGGCUACCUUUCCAAGGGCCAAGGGGGCUCAGCCGUGAGGAUCGCCAAAGCUUGGGCCAUGAGAAGAGACGAAGAAAUCACAUGGAGGCAAGCGAAGAGAAGACGACAAGAUGUAGCAGCGAGUGUGGAGACGGCUGUGUCGUACAAGGACGAAAAGGUGAGCGAGGGAAAUUGUUUCGCCUGCGAUUUUGUCACAUUCCCACGCUCGUCCAGAUGGCCGUUUGUACCGGCAAUUGGUGGUCCAUUGGGGCAGCUGGCGGCCACGCUGCUUUGCGUCAGGUACAUGGCCGAGAGCCCUAGAAGGCUUCACAAAGGAAAAGGCAUCCACUCUUCAGCCCUUCAACCACGGUCGACGGUCGUCUGUGCUGGAAGCCGUGAUCGCUUGUUGGUCCUGGGCCUCUGCGAGAAGCGGUCCUGGGAGACGAUGGAGGCGCAUGACGCUGCGCAUGCAGUUAAGCGCCUGUAG